AGAACGUUACGCCAAACAGUAUAAAGAAAACAUGGAAACCCUGAAACAGUUAGGGAUGACAGAAGCAGAUAGAAAGGUGAUGACCUGUAUGCUGGCAGCCAUUUUACACUUGAGUCAAAUAGAAUUUCAAGAGACUAACAAAACAUCUGGAGAACUGAAAAUUGUAGAUACAGAGCUGGUUGAACAUGCUGCUGAAUUGUUGGAUGUGGACUGUGAAGCACUUGGGCAUGCUCUUAUCGCUUCCACAACAGUAAUGGCAGGUGAAGAAAUUAAAGUAUACAAGAGUUUAGACCAAGCUAGAGAUGGCAGGGAUGCCCUUGCUAAACACAUGUAUGAGAGACUGUUUGGAUGGAUUGUGAAGAAAAUCAACAACAACCUGCAUCCUCGCAAAAAAGAGGCGAGGAAGGAAACUACUGAGAUUGGUAUUCUGGACAUUGCGGGAUUUGAAAAGCUCAAGACAAAUAGUUUUGAGCAAAUGUGUAUUAAUGUGGUGAAUGAAAGGUUGCAAAACUUCAUGAACAAAGUUGUGAUCAUUCAAGAAAAACAGAUCUAUGAAUCGGAAGGAAUCUCUUAUGAUAAUGUGGAGUUCAAAGACAAUUUGGAUGUGAUACAGUUGUUUGAACUUUCGCAAAUUGGAAUUUGGCCAUCUCUAGAUGAAGAAUCUAAGUUUGCCCAGGGAACCGAUCUUAAGUUUGUGGGGAGGCUGAAAAAGAAUUUCCAGAAAGGCCAUGCAUUACACAACCUCCUCACAUUCCCAAGGGGUGACAGAGCAGAAUUUGGCGUCAAACAUUUUGCAGGGGUGGUGUGGUACAACUGUAACAACAUACUGGAGAAGAACCGGGACAGCUUAAACAAGGAUUUGGAAAAAGUGAUGAAGCAAAGCACAGAUGAUUGCAUUGCAGACUUGUUUUCUAUAAAGAAAGGAGUGACUGGAACAAUAUCUGAUACCAUGGCCAAUAUCAGAAUGUCCAGAAAAGUACCAGGACUUGGAGCUUCCUUCAAACCAAAGACAGAUAAGGGGAGGAUGCUGGCUGCUGAUCUGGGAAGCACUCUUAAAGACAAGUAUGGGAAGGUGGGUAAGCCGACAGAGCUCAUCUAUAUGCCAAAAGACCACAAGACAGUGAUGAGUUACUUUCAGAAAUCAGUUUCUCAGCUGUUGCAAAAAAUGAGACAGGCAGAUCCCUAUUUUGUUAGGUGUAUCAAACCUAACACUCGCAUGGCUUUCGACGACUUUAAUGAAGUCAUGGUACGAGACCAGCUGAAGUACAAUGGGAUCUCGGAGAUUUCUAGAAUAAGGAAAGAUGGAUAUUCUGCAAGGAUCUCCAUGGAUGAUUUCAUCAAAAGAUACAAACCACUGUUUUCCAUUAAGUCGUCUGAGAGAAAAGAGGAUACAAUUAAAUCCAUACUGGACUCUAUUCUUCCCCCUGAUCUAAGAGACAAGUACCGUAUUGGGAAGUACAAGGUCUUCAUGAAGGACAAUGUAAAUACACAUAUGGAGAAGAUCCAUUACAUCAGACAAAAGCAGGCAAUAGCAGUGAUAGCCAGCGGAAUGAAGAAGAUAACAGAGAUCAAGAAAAAAGAGAGAUUGAGAAGAGAGCAGGAGGAGAGAGAAAGAAAGGAAAAGGAAAGGGAGGAAAGGAAGAAGGAAAUGGAGGAAAGAAAGAAACAAGCAGAAGAGGAAGAGGAGACAGAAGAAACUGAGCCUGUAAAUACCUCAAACAUUGCUAUGAGCAACCUUGGUACAAGCUAUAGAAGAUCCCUCAAUGAUAACAAUGAGGAUUCAGAGGGGACAGAGGAGGAAGAAGUACCAGCUGAUAAUAGAUUUGCUAGGAAUCUCAGGGACACGAGAAUGUUAAAAAACAUUGGAGGUACACAUGUGUCUAGUAUAUCUUCCAGUAGUGAAUCAAAUGAGUCGACUGAAAAUCCCCCACCCACCCCUCCACCUCCCAGGAGAGGUUCAGUAAAGAAAGAGCCUGGACCACCCCCCAAACCAGAAACGAAAUUCUGGGACAUAUUCCAAAUCAUUGCUCGUGAGAAGAAAGGACAGGAUGUACACACUUACAUGAGUCUGCGAGUCAUCAAGAUUAUUACUUACAUGCUACUGUUUCUUUUUCUUUUGGCUUGUCUGGUCAUUCAGAAAAUUAGUCUUGCCGCACUUGUCUCAGAAUUCCGAGCAGAAAGAAAGAAAGAAGUUGAUAAAACUUAAUUAAAAUCAAUCUUGUCUUUUCAUGAUAAGAAUGCCAGUAGUCGGUACAUGCUGACUCUGAUUGGGAUGUGCACACCAUAUGGUCUUAUUCUUGUAACCAGUUGUGUAAUUAUAGAGAUCCUCCACUCCAUUGGUCUGAGUCUACUGGUAUUCAGUCUCCUCCCAGACUUAGGAGCAGUACAAGGAGUCGGCAUCCUCAGCGCCAUGGUCAUUUUUCCCAGCUUAUUGAAACCAAUCUUUUCCAAUGACCCAGAAAGAGGUGGGGAAAGUACUGGUAGAAAGAUAGUCUCCUUUGUUUUGGACUUGGUGGCAUUUUUUGUUCAGUUGUCAGCAAUUCCUGUGCUUCUUGUUCCUGAUACCAAGUUGUUCCUUAAUCCAUUGUAUUGUGGCAUUCUUCUGGAGCAGCAUUUAGUGAUGAACAGGAGGCGACAUAAUCGUCGGGUUGUUACAUUCAAAAAAAACUCCGAUGGACCAAUUCUCUACAAGUUAACCAAAGAUGACCAGAAAAUGGGAGCCAGUGAGAAGAGCAAUGAGAUGUCAAAAGAGAUUCCUCCCAUGAUUUACGCUUGUGCUACCAUGUGGCACGAAAACCGUGUGGAAAUGGUCCAGAUCCUUAAGUCCCUGUUUAGAAUGGAUAAAGAUCAGUUUAUGAGAAAACAGGCUUAUCAAAUGGCAGGAUUUAAAAACAUGCAGGAAGUAGAAUAUUAUGAGUUUGAAGCCCACAUCCUGUUUGAUGAUGCCUUUGAGUUAAAUGAUGAUGAGGAGAUGGUUCCCAACAGCUUUGUGAGAUUGUUUGCUUCGUUAAUGAAUGAGGCAGCCAGUGCUAUACAUUCCAAGUUAAUAGAACUGCCCCCUCCUUUUGUUAUUCCGUCUAAUUAUGGUGGUCAGGUGAUUUUCACAAUGCCAGGUGGGAACCUUAUCUACACACAUUUGAAGGACAAAGUUAAGAUCAGACACAGGAAAAGAUGGUCACAGGUGAUGUAUAUGUACUACUUGUUGGGGUAUCGAAUUGUCAAGGAAUGUCAAACUCUGGUUUUGGAUGCACUUGACAAACAGGAUUUUUCACGAAUUGCAUCAUGGGAUGAAAACAUUAGAAAUGUGACUGGUUUGUCUGGGAAAAGUCAAAUUUUCCAAAUGCUGGAUGAGGAGGUUUUAUUUAGGGCUGAGAAUACCUUCCUCCUCGCCCUGGAUGGAGAUGUAGAUUUCACACCAGGAGCGGUUAGGUUACUGCUGGAUAGAAUGAGGAAAAACCCAAAAGUAGGAGCAUCAUGUGGGAGGAUUCACCCUAUUGGCAGCGGUCCCAUGGUUUGGUACCAGAAGUUUGAGUAUGCCGUUGCUCACUGGCUACAGAAGGCCACAGAACACGUCUUGGGAUGUGUCCUUUGUUCCCCAGGAUGCUUCAGUUUGUUUCGCGGUUCUGCUCUCAUGGAUGACAAUGUGAUGAGGAAGUAUACCAUUUUGCCAACAGAGGCAUCACAUCAUCUGAUGUAUGAUCAAGGUGAGGACCGAUGGUUGUGCACGCUUCUGUUACAGCAGGGAUACAGAGUGGACUAUGCUGCAGCAUCAGAUGCUUUCACAUAUGCUCCAGAGGGCUUCAAUGAAUACUUCAAUCAGAGGAGAAGAUGGACACCUUCCACCAUUGCAAACAUUUUGGAUCUUCUACAAGAUGGCAGUAACACAGUGGCCUCCAAUAACAACAUCAGCUGGCUCUAUAUCAUCUACCAGGCUGCAUUAAUGGUAUCCACCAUUAUUGGUCCAGCAACAGUUCUGAUGAUGAUAGCAGGUGCCCUCCUGACUGUUUUCAGUGUUGAUCUCAUCACAUCCUACAUAAUCUCCCUCAUACCAGCAAUACUGUACUUUAUCAUCUGCUUUGUCUUCAAACCCAAUAUACAGCUGAUUGUGGCCCAGAUUCUUAGUGGAGUUUACGUAUUCAUCAUGAUGGUGGUCUUUGUGGGGGCUAUUAUUACAGCAGCCACAGUGACUCCUUAUCAUCCAAGUGUUAUUUUCUUGUCUGGGCUGGUAUUAAUCUUUGUGAUAGCAGCAGCUUUUCACCCCCGAGAAUUUCACAAUUUGAUCUAUGGAGUGUUAUAUUUCUUGUGGGUACCAUCAGGUUUUCUUGUAUUGGUCAUUUAUUCUUUGACCAACCUCCAUGUUGUAUCCUGGGGAACUCGAGAGGUUCCAAAAAAGAAAACAAAAGCAGAAAUUGCAAAAGAAGAACAAGAGAAGAAGGAGAAAGAGGAGAAGAAAAAGCAGGAAUCUUUCUGGAAUAAAUUUUUCCCAUUUUUCAACCUUGUCCAGGACUUGAAGCAAACGAUCACAGAAAAAUUGAGUACAGAAAAUAAAAAAGAAAAUGAUAAACUGACAGAAGUAUUGAUCAAAAUGAAUGAGAAUUUAGAGAAGAUGAACAAGCAAAAAGAUGGAGUUGGAUUGGAAGAAGUGGUGGUGGAAGAGAAAAAACCAGGGAAGGAAAAGAAGUCUGUUAGAUUUGCAGAAAAAAAUGAGGAGAAAGAAAUGGAAGAUUUUGACGAAGAGCUGUACUUGGAACAGAAGAAAAAGAAAGAGAGAAAUCCACUUAUCAAUCCUGCCUGGAUAGAGACAGACACUUUCAGUGGAGGAGAAAUGAUGCAAAUGAAUCAUGAGGAACAGAGUUUUUGGAAAGGUUUUGUGGAUAAGUAUUUGUAUCCUUUGGAAAAGAACAAAGAUAAAGAGGAAAAAGACAAAGCUGCUUUGAUAGAGCUGCGAAAUAAUGUCUGUGGUGGAAUGGCACUUAUCAAUGUUCUGUGGAUUGCUAUCAAUUUCAUGUUCCAACUCAGGAAGCCAACAGUUGUUUCUAUUCCAUUACCUUCUGGAACAAAUGAGGAGGAUCUGGAUAUAGAUCAGCAGAGAGCAGAAAAUGUUCUUAAAGUUGAUGUGGUUGGUCUGAUGUUUGUCAUAUUCUUCCUCUUUAUUCUGUUAAUUCAGUUCAUUGGAAUGAUCAUUCACAGAUGGGGAACCUUCAUGCAUCUUAUUGCUAUCACUGAAAUCCCUAAUCCCUGGAGGAGGAAAAUGGAUGAAGGAAAGGAUAUGACAGAAAAUACGAAAAGCAAAGGGAAAAUGGCACUAGAGUUCUGUGAGAAGUUAAUGGCUGAACCACUGCCAGAUUACCCAGAUGACGAUGAAAUAACAGAAGAACAAUUAAAAGAGGAAGAGAGAGCUCUAAUCAGGGAACAGAUCAAGAACAUUGCAGAAACAGGAACUAAAGAUAGAGCAGGACAAAUAAAUGACAUACGGAUGUCAUUAAGAAACUCGAUAAUGGGCAGGUCAGUGAUGCGAGACUCAUACUCUAACAAUCUGGAGAGGUCAAGGCAACUUACCUUUGAUAAUGAGGACUUCCUUAGGAAAUCAAAAAGAUUCCUUGAAGAAAGUCAUAAACCAGUAGAUGAGCCAGAAUCAGGAGUACGAUACAGGAAAAAUAAACACAAAGAAAAAUUAACCCCAUACAUCGGGAAAUCAUUACCCGAAAAUGAAAGUGCAGGAGUCAGAAGGUUUGGUUCCACAGCACCAGCACAGAGAGAUUUCUUAGAAAAGAUGCGAACAAAUAGAUCCCUGACAGAGAAAUAUAAUCUAGGGACUUCUAGAAGGGAGACUGGGGCAUCAAAUCUAGGAAGGUCUUUCAGAAGAACUGAUGAUAUUGACACGGAAGAGGAUAUUUAUGAUGAAAUUCCUGCUACAGGGACAUUGGGCAGAGCUUGGGCUAAAAGGGUGCGAGAAUAUAUUCAGCCAUCCUCCUCUACUGUACGAAAUGGAAGGACUAACAGUGAUUUUAAUCAGUGGCUGAACUAAUAGAACUUGGUUGAAACAAAAGUCAGCCAUUACCAGGAAUGCGGAAGUCAGAAUGUCUUUCACAAGUUAAGAGUGGACUCAAGCACUCAGCUUUGUAAAUAGCCUGCCUGAAGAUUGCAGAAAAUAUUUAUGUAAUAUUUGAUAAAUAUUUAUAUUGUAUAUGUGAUAUAAACUUGAACUUAUGAAUAUAUGUUAUUUAACAUUGCUGACCUUUUUUUGACACAUUUAUGGUAUUACAUUCAAAGCUGUUGAAACUAUACAUGUAUUCAUACAACGCUAUGCUAAGAAGCUGUUGAUGUGAAGUCUAUAUGAUACAAAGUAUUAAACCGGUUAAACUUUUAUAACUUUACUCUUUCAUUUGCAUAUUUUAUUAUAUUGAUAUGCAUGUUAAGACCUAUUUAAAAAAAUAACCUCUGUGAAGAAAAAGAUGCAAUGGUGCAUUUUUAAAGGUUGUGAAAAAUAACUUUACGUUUAUAUGUCUGAAUAAUCAAUGGAAAUUGUGAACAUUAUUUUAUACAAAUUUCUAUACCUUUGUGAUUUUGAUGAAAUUAUAUAGCAUAUAUUUUUAUUUUUAAUUACUCACA